AUGCUUCUCACCGGAGAGAACUUAGUGACUCGCCAACGCGCACGAUUCGCCGAACACCAUAUCUGGGUAACCCGGUAUCGGGAUGGAGAUCUAUGGGCUGGUGGACGGUGGACGGAGCAGAGCGUGAAGGAGACUGACGGGGUGUUCGACUAUGCGGCGCGGAACGAGGAUGUGAAGAACGAGGAUAUUGUCAUUUGGCAUAAAAUUGGGAUGACCCAUACCGCGACUCCAGAGCAAUUCCCUGUCAUGGGGGUCGAAUCUCUCUCGGUUUUCCUGAAGCCGGCUGAUUUCUUCGAGUUUAACCCUGAAUUUGACGUUCCGCAGAGUACGCAGGCUAUCAAUAAUAGUGUCCAAAUUGGAGUGAAGCUAGGCCAGUGCUGUUAG